AUGGCAAGAGGGGUCGUUCUGACGAACCCCAAGUGGCCCGGCCCCACACAAGCAGGUGAUCAGGGGCGGCCGCCGCCGCCCCCGCUGCCGCGGCUGCGGGUGCUGAGGGUCGCCGUGCUGGACUGGCACGACCAGGGCGGUGGCAUCGAGGACUACGGCAGCGAGCUCUGCCAGAUCGCGCCCAACCUCGAGGAGAUCUAUGUGGAGAGCGUAACCUCGGGGUUCUGCCCGUGGGCCACCCUGCACGGCCUGCGGCGGCUGAGGCUGCUUGAGUUGGGCGAUGAGAGUUCUGUGGAGGGGGCACCCACUUGGAUGAUGGCGUCCCGCCUCACUCGGGACGAAGACGACCCCCUGCGCCUGCCGCUUGGGCGCGAUGGCGCCAUCGAGGGCGUCCCGGCCGGGCCGGAUGGCGACGUGGCGGCGCCUGCUGAGGAGGGCGCCGGCGAGGCCGCGGGCGCUGGCGGGCUGGAGCUGCGCUUGAAAUGGGAUGUUAACGGCCUCAACCCGCAGGAGCGCUUCGACCUCACCGACAUCGUGGCGCAGUGGGGCGGCCUGCGCCGCCUGCACCUGGCGGGUGUCGUGGAGGGCGCGGACAGGGUGCUGAGAGUGCUUGGGGAGAGCCCGCUGAGCGGCUGCCUGGAGGAGCUGCACGCGCGGAGCUGCUGGGUCAGGCCCCACUGGGAUGAGAUGCAGGAAGAGGCCGGGCUCGCGGCGCCGCAGCUGCCGCUGCCGCUGCAGGCGGAGCUGCUGCCGCGGCUGCUGGUGCCGCUGCUGCAUUUUCGGCGGAUCAGGGCGCUGUCGCUGCAGCUGAUCGACCCCGACGACGGGUGGCCGACGGCGCCGGUCGCGCCGUCGGAGCUUGAGCGCAUGGCGGCGCCGAUAAGGCGAGGGGCCGGGGGCCCAUGCAAGGCAGACAUCUCCACGUUCUGCGGCGGCCAGACGGCCGGCGACGGGCGGCUGGCCGCGUGCCUGACGAAGCAGCUGCAGCAGCAGAAGAAAGGCAAUGUGGCGGGGCGGCAGGUGUCCGACCGCUGCGCGGAUGACCUGGCUGCGUACAAAGUGGAGCGCAACACAAACAUCAACAAGGAUACGGCUUUGGCGCACUCGUGCAAGGUGGACGCGGCUUCCCUAUGCGCUGGCGAGUCGGACAUCAAAGUGAACGGCAGCGUGGUGGCAUGCCUCAGGGACAACGGCAUGAAGCUGUCACCCCCAUGCCAGAGGGAGGUCUUGCGCACCAUGCUCGAGGCAGCUGAGGACUACCGCCUAGACGCGCGGCUGUUUGGCGCGUGCGAGGCGCAGGUUGCGCUGCACUGCAAGGGCGUGGACCCUGGGGACGGCCGGGAGCUGGACUGCCUGGCCGAGAAGAGCAAGCAGCUGAGCUGGGACUGCCUGGACCAGGUCAUCCGGUUCCAAAAGGAGGCCGCCUCCGACAUCCGCCUCAGCAUGCGGCUGUUCAAGAGCUGCGUCAACGACCAGCGCAAAUUCUGCGCCGACGUGGAGCCCGGCCACAUGCGGGUGCAGGUGGGCACAUCAAAAUAUUGA